CGUUGCUCGGCAGAUCGUCAGUUUGCUGAUUCCCCUCUCGCAAAACAAUCUCAAUCACCCUCUUGGGAUAUUUGCUGCGGAUCGGUCCCAAAUUGCCUCCGUAUUUGCGAAUUAGGAUGGCCUCGCUUGGCAAGGCCACCAACCUUGGAACCACCAUGGCAGAGUAAGGCACCAUAAGCACGCCCCGCCGCCCUCCACUCCACUCAAUUUGUCUGCUCGCCCUCAAGCACAUAUACGGCCAAGCCAAGAACUCCCAGAUAACAGCCAGCCAUAAACCACUGCCACUAUGACCGUCACGUCGAUCGCCGAGGCAAAGAAAGAGUACACCGUCAUCCAGGCCUCUCUCCUCAUCCCGGGUCGCGGCGAUCCCUUAAAAGACGGCGCCGUUGUCAUCUCAGAAGAUAAGAAGAUUCAUUUCGUCGGACCGGGGUCAUCAAUUCCCGAAGAAUACGCCAACUGUCCCAGGCACAAUGUCCCCACUCUCCUUCCCGGUUUGUGGGACUGCCAUGUUCACUUUGCUGGUGCGACCAGCUUCAAUCUUUCCCAGAUACCCUUGAUCCAUCCUGCCACCGCCGGCGCGCGCCUUGCACGCUCAGCAGCGGACACUCUGAAUGCAGGCUUCACCAGCGUCCGGGACCUUGGGGGAUGGGCUCCCGAGCUGUCGCUGGCGAUUGAGGAGGGAACGAUCAUCGGUCCGCACAUUUACGCCGCUGGAGCAGCCAUCAGUCAAACCGCGGGACAUGGCGACCUGUGGGACCUUCCACAUGGCUGGGUCCGGCAAUGCUGCGGAAUUACUGAGCCCUCUCACAAUCAGAAUACCGGAGUAAUCCCUUUCUGCAUCGCUGAUGGCGUGGACGAAUGCCGAAGGGCCGUACGCUUGCAGCUCCGAAGAGGUGCGAAGGUCAUCAAGAUAUUCGCAAGCGGUGGGGUUACCAGCCUUGGGGAUAAUCCCCUAUAUCAACAAUUCUCGGAUGAGGAAUUGAAAACUAUUGUGGAGGAAGCUGGACGUGCCCAUAGAGCCGUCGCAGCUCAUGUUCAUGGCAAGGAGGGCAUCAUGGCGGCGCUGAGGGCUGGCUGCAAGACGCUUGAGCAUGGCACAUACCUGGACGAUGAGUGCUUUGCGCUAAUGAAAGAGAAAGACGUAAUCCUUGUACCUACGAGCACCGUGGUGCACGAAGCACAGAAGAAUGCGGACCUUCUCAGCCCAGAAUCGCGCCUCAAGGUGGUUGAACUUGGCAAAGUCGCGGCAGGGAUGUACCGGAGCGCUGUCAAGUCGGGCGUCAAGAUAGCCUUGGGGACAGAUCUCAUUGUUUCGAUUCCAGGUGGCGGACUUAGUCAUGGGAACAACGGAGCAGAGCUGGGGUAUGCAGUCGAAGCUGGGAUGACACCACUGCAAGCCAUCGAAGCCGCCACAGCGACAGCUCCGGAGACGCUAGGUCCGCAGGCUCCUAUGAGCGGACAGCUCAAGGAAGGCUAUGAUGCUGACCUUAUUGCUCUGGAUGGGGAUCCUCUUGAAGACAUCACUUUGGUGAAUAAACCUGAUCGGAUCACCCACGUUUGGAAGAGCGGCAAGCUGUUCAAGCAGCCGAAAGCAUAGAGGACGAUGGACGCAAACACCAAUCAUUCUUUCUUAUGAGUUCUUUCCGAAAUGUACAGGCAAAUUACCAGAGCACUGUUAUCAUCCCUGCCAUAUCCGGCAUAAGUCAAGCGGUGUCGUCCUACUAACU